AUGCCCUACUUCCACCGGGUCGCGACCUCCCGGGCGCCCCCAGCCCGCAGAGAUGCCCGCAGCACUCACUCUUCUGGCCAAAGCUUCCAGCAGCUGCGGCAGGCAUGCUUGUGCAAGGGCGUCCUGUUCGAGGAUGACGACUUCCCUGCCAGCAGUGCCUCCCUCUUCUACAGCGAGCGGCCCCCGGUCCCCUUCGUGUGGAAACGGCCAGGGGAAAUAGUGAAAAACCCAGAAUUCAUUCUUGGAGGGGCCACCAGGAUGGAUAUCUGCCAGGGGGAGCUUGGAGACUGCUGGCUAUUGGCUGCCAUUGCUUCCCUUACGCUAAAUGAAAAGGCACUGGCUAGAGUCAUCCCCCAGGACCAAAGCUUUGGCCCUGAGUAUGCUGGCAUAUUCCAUUUCCAGUUCUGGCAGCACAGUGAAUGGGUGGAUAUAGUGGUUGAUGACCGACUGCCCACCUUCCGGGACCGCUUGGUUUUCCUUCACUCUGCAGACCACAACGAGUUCUGGAGCGCCUUGCUGGAAAAAGCCUAUGCCAAGCUCAAUGGGAGCUAUGAGGCUCUGAAGGGGGGAAGCGCCAUUGAGGCCAUGGAAGACUUCACUGGGGGUGUAGCAGAGACUUUUGAAACUAAAGGGGCUCCAGAGAACUUCUAUGAGAUUCUAGAGAAGGCCUUGAAGAGGGGCUCUUUGGUGGGCUGCUCCAUUGACACCAGAUAUGCUGCAGAAUCAGAAGCCCGAACACCUUUCGGUCUUAUUAAAGGUCAUGCCUACACUGUUACAGGAAUUGACCAGGUAAACUUCCACGGCCAAAACAUCAAGCUCAUCAGAGUCCGGAAUCCUUGGGGCCAGGUGGAGUGGAGUGGGGCGUGGAGCGACAGCUCCCCUGAGUGGCGUUCCAUUGGCCCAGCAGAGCAGAAGCACCUCUGUCACACCGCUCUCGAUGAUGGGGAAUUCUGGAUGUCAUUUAAGGAUUUCAAGGCCCAUUUUGACAAAGUGGAGAUUUGCAGCCUCACUCCUGAUGCCCUAGAAGAUGAUGCUGUCCACAAGUGGGAGGUGAUGGUCCAUCAAGGAAGCUGGGUUCGGGGCUCCACUGCUGGGGGCUGCCGCAAUUUCCUGGAUACCUUCUGGACAAAUCCACAGAUAAAGUUGUCCCUAACUGAGAAAGACGAAGGGCAGGAGAAUUGUACUUUCAUCAUAGCCCUGAUGCAGAAAGAUCGAAGGAAACUCAAGAGAUUUGGAGCCAAUAUGCUCACUAUCGGCUAUGCGAUUUACCAAAGCCCUGGCACAGAUGAACAUCUAAACAAAGACUUCUUCAAGUACCAUGCCUCACAGGCCAGAAGCAAAGCUUACAUCAACCUGAGAGAAGUCUCUAACCGGUUCCAGUUGCCUCCUGGGGAAUAUAUCCUGAUUCCCAGCACUUUUGAGCCACACCAGGAAGCUGAUUUCUGCUUGAGAAUCUUUUCAGAGAAGAAAGCCAUUACCCAGGAUAUGGAUGAACAUGUAGACAUUGAACUUCCUGAGCCUCUGAAGCCAACCUCACCUAGCCAGGAGACAGAGGAGGAGCAACAGUUGCGCAUCCUGUUUGAACACAUUGCAGGCGAGGACAUGGAGGUGACAGCAGAGGAACUUGAAUAUGUUUUAAAUGCCGUACUACAAAACAAAAAGGACAUCAAGUUCAAGAAGCUGAGCCUUAUUUCCUGUAAAAACAUCAUUUCUCUAAUGGAUACCAGUGGCAAUGGAAAACUGGAAUUUGGUGAAUUCAAAGUGUUCUGGGAUAAGCUGAAGAAGUGGACUAACCUGUUCCUUCAGUUUGAUACAGACAAGUCUGGCACCAUGUCCUCCUAUGAGCUACGGAUUGCACUCAAAGCAGCAGGCUUCCAGCUGAGUAGUCACCUCCUGCAGCUGAUCAUCCUCAGGUAUGCAGAUGAGGAGCUCCAACUGGGCUUCGAUGAUUUUCUCAACUGUUUGGUGCGACUGGAGAACGCAAGCCGAGUGUUCCAGACUCUCAGUACAGAGAACAAGAACUUCAUUCAUCUCAAUAUAAAUGAGUUUAUCAACUUGACAAUGAACAUUUGAAGCUUCCCUAUUGGAUAUGCAACCUGUCCAUGAAU